AAUUAACCCUGCACGAAACAGACUGUGGCCCGGCAUGGUCACGUAGCACCUGCGUGUACACCUGUAGAGCUGAACAGCCUGAACACUGGUGGUGUUUAGUCCAUGCCGUGCGGUUUAAACUUUUUUGUUCAAGAUGGAGACUGAAAGCGAGAGUAGCACUUCGGGAGAUGACAGUGUCUUUUGGUUGGAUUCCGAAGUUAUAACCCCGGUGACUGACGGUGAAGAGGAGGGAAGGGAAGAGCAUUCCAGGAAGAUGAAGUCCUCGGUACAUUCUGAAGAGGAUGAUUUUGUUCCAGAACUACACAGAAACGUUCACCCUCGAGAGCGGCCUGAUUGGGAAGAGACGCUUAGUGCAAUGGCAAGAGGAGCAGAUGUUCCAGAAAUUCCUGGAGACCUUAGUCUUAAGACAUGUGGCAGUACAGCUAGUAUGAAGGUUAAACAUGUGAAAAAACCCACCAAUCCAGGACUGAUGGGCUGCGACAACAUUCACAGGUUACCCUUCACUAAAGGUCACUUUCCGAAGAUGGCUGAGUGUGCACAUUUCCAUUAUGAGAACGUUGAGUUUGGCAGCAUACAGCUUUCACUUUCAGAAGAACAAAAUGAAGUAACAAAAAACGGCUGUGAAUCUAAAGAGCUGGUCUACCUCGUGCACAUUGCUUGUCAGGGCAAAAGUUGGAUUGUUAAAAGAAGUUAUGAAGAUUUUCGGGUACUUGAUAAACAUCUUCAUCUAUGUAUUUAUGACCGACGAUUCUCCCAGCUCUCAGAGCUUCCCCGUUCUGAUACCCUGAAGGACAGUCCAGAGUCGGUCACUCAGAUGCUUAUGGCUUACCUGUCCCGCCUUUCAGCUAUUGCUGGCAACAAGAUCAAUUGUGGGCCUGCCCUUACCUGGAUGGAGAUGGAUAACAAGGGGAAUCACCUGCUGGUUCAUGAGGAGUCCUCCAUUAACACUCCUGCCGUUGGUGCUGCCCACGUCAUCAAGCGGUACACUGCUCGGGCCCCGGACGAGCUGACCUUAGAGGUGGGAGACAUUGUGUCUGUUAUUGACAUGCCCCCGAAAGUGUUAAGCACGUGGUGGAGAGGCAAGCAUGGAUUUCAGGUGGGACUCUUCCCUGGACACUGUGUUGAGUUAAUUAAUCAGAAAGUUCCCCAGUCAGUGACCAACUCCGUGCCAAAACCAGUAUCUAAAAAGCACGGCAAGCUCAUUACUUUCUUACGCACAUUCAUGAAGUCUCGUCCAACAAAACAGAAGUUGAAGCAGCGUGGGAUCUUGAAAGAAAGGGUGUUUGGUUGUGACCUGGGAGAACACCUUCUGAAUUCUGGUUUUGAAGUGCCCCAGGUUCUUCAGAGUUGCACAGCGUUCAUCGAGAGGUAUGGUUCUUCAGAGUUGCACAGCGUUCAUCGAGAGAAAAUUUUUUUUUGUUGUCUGUCUUCUGUCUUUGUUAGCCAUGAAUUUGACUCUGAACAUGUUCCCGACCUGACAAAAGAACCCUACGUUCAGGACAUCCAUUCCGUGGGCUCCCUGUGUAAGCUCUAUUUCCGGGAGCUCCCAAACCCUCUGCUCACCUACCAGCUGUAUGAGAAGUUUUCUGAUGCUGUUUCAGCAGCAACAGAUGAAGAAAGGCUGAUAAAAAUCCACGAUGUCAUCCAGCAGCUCCCCCCUCCACACUACAGAACACUGGAGUUCCUAAUGAGACACUUGUCUCUUCUAGCUGACUAUUGUUCCAUCACAAAUAUGCAUGCAAAAAACCUAGCAAUUGUUUGGGCUCCAAACCUGCUAAGAUCAAAACAGAUAGAAUCUGCCUGCUUCAGUGGAACAGCGGCUUUCAUGGAAGUGAGAAUUCAGUCUGUGGUUGUUGAGUUCAUCCUCAAUCACGUCGACGUCCUCUUCAGCGGGAGAAUCAGUGCAGCCAUGCAGGAAGGGGCAGCUUCUCUUUCAAGACCCAAGUCCCUGCUGGUUCCGUCUCCAUCCACCAAGCUGCUGACGCUGGAGGAAGCCCAGGCACGAACACAAGCUCAGGUCACCUCCCCAGCUGUGAGUGAAAAUAAAUACAUCGAAGUGGGAGAGGGGCCCGCCGCCCUUCAGGGGAGGUUCCACACCGUAAUCGAGUUCCCGCUUGAAAGGAGGAGGCCUCAAAAUAAAAUGAAAAAGUCUCCCGUGGGCAGCUGGCGUUCCUUUUUCAACUUGGGGAAAUCGUCAUCUGUUUCUAAAAGGACGCAGCGCAACGAGAGCGAGCCUUCCGAGAUGAAGGCCGCGGCUCUGAAAGGUGGCAGAGCAGAAGGGACCCUCCGUUCAGCUAAGAGUGAAGAGUCUCUUACUUCCCUCCACGCAGUCGACGGUAAGAAUGAAGCCUCAAGCGAGGAGGAAGUCGGGCUGCUGCAUGUCCCAGCCCUCCUGUCUCCCCAUUCAGCUGAGGAUGUUGAUUUGAGCCCACCAGACAUUGGAGUAGCCAGCCUGGAUUUUGACCCGAUGUCAUUUCAGUGCAGUCCUCCUAAGGCCGAGUCUGAGUGUCUGGAGGGUGGUGCUUCCUUUUUCGAUUCAUUGGGAUACUCCAAGGACAGACAGAGUACCAACAACAAGGACUCAGAGGCGGGUGGCAGCCAGUCUCAGACUCCGGGAAGCGCUGCCAGUUCUGAACCUGUCUCUCCUGUUCAGGAGAAACUGAGUCCUUUCUUUACGCUGGACUUGAGCCCAACCGAAGAGAAGCCAUCUAAGGCAUCCUCGUUCACGGAGAAGGUCGUCUACGCUUUCUCUCCAAAGAUUGGCCGGAAAUUAAGCAGAUCGCCCUCUAUGAACAUAUCUGAGCCAAUCUCAGUGACCCUUCCCGCUCGGGUGUCAGAAGUCAUCGGUACAGCCUCAAACACGGCAGCUCAGGACGCACCUUCUCCAACCUGGAACAAAAGUGUCGAAGAAAGUGAUGUUAUAAACAGACCCCCCACCCAGGUAGUAAAGCUGAAAGCAAGUGAGAGAGAGGCCCAAGAAGGAUGUGAGUCUGCGGCCCAGCCCCUGGGCCAGGUGGCGGCCACCGGUAUGGAGUCGCCAGGGAAGGAGGAGGAGCCUGCCUCUGCCUCAAGCGGUCAGAGUAAGGCUGUGCCUCCUGGACAGACUCAGACAGGAGCAGAUAACCAUGACCCUCCUCAGGAUCCCGUUCCUGUAAGUUCAGUCUCUCUUAUCCCACCACCACCGCCUCCGAAGAACGUUGCCCGCUUGUUGGCGCUAGCGUUAGCCGAGUCUGCGCAGCAAGCCUCCGCCCAGCCCCCGAGGAGACCAGGGCCACUCCAGGGUGCCUGUACAAGUUACGGAGGCCUGGCAGUGGCCGCAGCUGAAGACGGGCUGCCUGCUUCCCACUCCAGUGUCACUGCAGAUAGAGCCUUCUUCCAGACUGACAUGCCCACAGAGCAGCCCCACCUCCAGGAUGGUGACCAGCCAGCACCGGGUGCAGCAGCUGUCGGGGAUUACACCCACUCCUGUGCCACGGAGUCUGGGGGGCAGCCCCACCCAGCAGACUUCCCAGGCAGUCAGCCACAUCGAAUUUAUUUAUCUGGGGACCCAGAAAAGGCCGGAGCCACUUCAGUUCCCUUAACAGACUCUAAAUCUGAUGAUCACCUAAGUUUCCCUGAAGACCAGUCUGCGAAGACCAGUGUUCUGACUGUCUCCUUUGUGGAUCAGGACCGGUCUCAGCCUCGUCUCUACAGUGGGGAGCAGCCUUCUUCUUAUCUUGGUGCAAGUGUGGAUAAGCCCCAUCACCCUUUAGAACUUGCAGACAAAUCGUCCACACCUUCUAAUUUGCCCAGAGACAAAGUCUACCCUCCGCCUGGGUCCCCUGAAGAGGACACCAGCACAGCCCCCGUGGCUUAUGUGACGACUGUUCCGACAGCAGCCGAGAUGAGCGCCAGGGAAGCCGGCUGGGAUGUGGUCGAACAGCCCAGCGCAGUGGAUUUUGCAGUCGCCACCCUCCAGCGCACUCACAGAACUAGCCGUCCCCUUCCACUGCCUCCUUCCCAGAGAGCCACAGAGCAGCUGCCAGGCCCGGGGCAGGGACAGGCAGCAGCCAGCGUGGGAGUUCACAAUCCGCACAAGGUUCCAGGAGUAGUUCCAGCUCUGGAGAGGCCGCCUGAACCCAGGGCCGCGGGCGACCCUGCGCCCGUCCUCGCCAGCGAUGGCACCGCCGCGCAGUGUCCCGCCGCGACCCCUGCCCUCCACCACGCCUUCGCCGGCGCGGCCCCCGCCUCUGUGGACGACGACGUUUUGCCGUUACCGCUCCCUGUCCCGCAGCCGAAGCACGCCUCUCAGAGAACUGCUUACUCCGCCUUUGCUAGGCCUGAUGUCAGCACCGAACCCUUCAGUCUGGAAAACUGUUUGCAUUUCAACGUGACUCCCAACUGCCAGUACCGCCCCCAGAGCGUCCCUCCGCAUCACAGUAAAGUGGAGCCGCACCCGGCGUUCGCCUCCAGGUCAGAGCCGCCAGCCUCCGUGGGCCCGCGCUACAACACGUACGUGGCCCCGGGGAGAAACGCGUCUGGACACCACUGGAAGCCGUGCGGCCGGGCGGAGUACGUGUCCUCCCUGGGCGCCGCUGUGAGGGGCGGCUGCUACCCCGAAGACGCGCCGCCGCACCCCACCAUCCGCAGGGUGCAGUCUCUCCACGCCCCUCCGUCCUCCGUGAUCCGCUCUGUCCCCAUCUCCCGGACGGAGGUGCCCCCGGACGAGGAGCCGGCCUUCUGCCCGAGGCCCCUGCACCAGUACAAGCCGUGCCCGCCCCCGCAGGCCCGCCCCGACUACCACGUCACGCAGCUCUACGCCGGGCUGCCUCCGCGCCCCCGGGCCGGCGCCCCCGGCUAUUUCUCUGCCAAUGAGCACAGUGUCGUCAGCAUGCCGCCAGUGGCUGACGUCAAGCACAGCUACACCUCGUGGGAUCUUGAGGACAUGGAGAAGUACCGCGUGCAGUCCAUCCGGAGGGAGAGCCGCGCUCGGCAGAAGGUGAAAGGGCCCGUCGUGUCCCAGUACGACAACAUGGCCCCGGCCGCGCAGGACGACCUCGGCGGGAUCUAUGUCAUCCACCUGCGAAGUAAAUCCGAUCCUGGGAAAACUGGACUUCUCUCCGUGGCAGAAGGAAAGGAGGGGCGGCACGCAGUCAAGGCCGUCAGCCCCGAGGGAGAGGACCGCUUCUACCGGAAGCACGCGGAGCCGGAGCUGGACAGAGCCCACCAGCACGGAGCGUACGGCGGCGGGCAGCCCGAGAAGCCCUGCCUCCCGCAGAAGCAGAGCAGCCUCAGGAACAGGAAGCUUCACGACAUGGGCUGUGGUCUCCCCGAGCACAGGGGCCACCAGGAAGCAAGCCAUAGGCAGUUGUGUGAAUCAAAACAUGGGCCGCCUUACCCGCAGGGGGCCGGCCCGCUAGAUUAUGGGCCCCAGGGGAUUCCAGACGCGUCUGAGCCAGUCAGCUACCAUAACUCUGGAGGGAUUUACGUUCCAUCGGGGCAGGAAUCUUUAAGACUGAACCACAAAGAGGUGAGGCUCUCCAAGGAGCUGGAGAGGCCUCGAGCUAGGCAGCCUCCUGCCCCAGAGAAACACUCCAGAGACGGCUACAAGGAGGAGGAACACCUCGCUCCGUCAGUCGUCCCACCCCCUAAACCAGAGCGGAGUCAUAGCCUGAAACUCCACCACGCCCAGAGCGUGGAGAGGGACGCUGGCGUGCUGUACCAGUACCAGCCACACGGCAAGCGCCAGGGCGGCGUGACCGUGGUGCCCCAGUAUGACAACCUGGAGGGCUACCACUCCCCGCCCCAGCUCCAGCGAGGGGGCUUCGGAGCGGCAGCGCUGGGGGUGUACGUGCCCCCCGGCUUUGCCCACCCGCAGAGCAGGACCUACGCCACGGCUCUGGGCCAGGGCGCCUUCCUGCCCGCAGAGCUGGCCCUGCAGCACCCCGAGACGCAGAUCCACGCAGAGUGAGCCUGGGGGGCAACAGAGUUGAAGCAGCCUCUGCUGGACAGUGGACUGUUCUAUUUUUUUCAGUAACCAAACAUUUAAAAAAAUUAAAAAAAAAGCUCCAAACCCCCUGACCACAUUAAAAAAUAAUAAAAAUAAAGCUUCUUUUCCCCCUUCCCUGCUUCAUCACCACCUCUUCCAUCUAUAGACUCUGUCAUUUUUUUUGUCAUUUAAAAAUCUGAACGAUUGUAAGCACUGUGUUGAAAACCUAGUAAAGAGAUUUGCUACAGGCUGUACUUGCCAUAUGGGGCUGAUGUGUAAGAGCCCGAGGACUGCCUUGCACAAAAUUUCAACUUGACUUUGUCCUUCUUAGUGUUUGCUGUAUCCUUCAGAGCGGCUGACGUCCGCUUCCCCGAAGGUCUCUGUGUUUUCGGUUGCGGUCCUACUUGCUUUCUCAGUGGCCAUGCGCCUGGCCCAGAGUGACACCCGCUCUUCUCACCUCGUUCCCCCGUGUGUUUAAGUUACAGUGGAGAAAACUCCUGAUCCUUCAGAUGAGUCUAUCGAACAUCUAGCAAAUUAUAACCAAAAAAUUAAAGGAAUUAAAACUUUGAGCAUUUCAUAAAGAGUCAUCACAAGGUGACAGACUAUUUAGAUCCAGGCUGAAUAGGCUCAUAUCACUGCAAAGGGAUCUUUAAGUUAGAAUUCAAGAAACUUCUUAGGUGGAAGUCAGUGCACUUCGUUAGCCCCAGAAAACUAUCAGUGCUUCUGAGGUGUUGCCUGCCUUCAGUUCUUUUUCCCCUCAGUCAUAUUUGGUAAAUUGUGAUCCUAGUGAAAUAUUUCACACCAUUUAUUUUCUUAAAGCAACUUUUUUUUUCAUUAAAAAAAAAAACCAGCAUGGUUUGACUAGAUAAACACAUAAUUUAUCAUGAUUACAAUUUACAUGUUAGUUUGUUUCUGAACCAGAGUCCAGGUUUCCUGGAAUUCUUAAAGUAGCUACAAAUGAUCUGUUAGAAAGCUGAGCGUUCCUGCAAUAACCACUUAGCACAGCCCGUCUCACCCGCUGGAAUUCUGCGCAGUGACCGUUCAGGUCCUAGGGAUUAACGUGCUGUUGCUUCACUCUGCCCUCGUGCGAUCACAGUCUUACUGUAAUUGCCAUCCACACCAGCAUUUCAGGUACAGUUCUUAGAAUGCUGCAGACAUGGAAAACGUGUCUGAUACCCAGGACUUUAUUUUGAAAGUUGCAUUCCAUUUUCUCAGCCCACUGCACACGUCCUCCAGACUAGAAGGCAGUCCUGCAUUUCCAGAAUGAGUUGAGAUUGUCAUGUCAUUCCAUAAAUCUUAAUGAUACUUGAUUUUUAUACACUCACAUGUUGUAAGUACUCAGUUUGUAGAAGUUACUAGGAGAAUUUCAUUCCAUUUACUGGAUGGUUGCUGCUCUGGCUUUUUAAAACUUGGAAUUUACUUUCAUUUAGAGCAGAGAAAAAUCUUUUAAGAGGCUAAAUUCAUGCUGCUAAUACUGCUGUGAAAUUGUAUAAAGAUUAAGAUUCAUGCCAGUUUUUUUUAAUCUAAAAAGUCAUGUGAUUACAUUUUAAGGGUUUAUACUUAGAAAAAGAAAUAAAAGUUUUAAGAA